GAGGUAGGAACAUUUUCUGUCUUUUCUUCCUUCCCUUCUUUCUUCUCUACGGGAACAGGGCAGAAACCCUUCUGAGAAGCGACCAGUUCGUAGCCGCCUCGUGUCUCGAAAACUAUUGAGUAACAUCGUCGUCUCGACGUCUUUCUUCCGCAAGCCCCGGUUCGAUGCUCCUUGCCUAAAGCUUCAACUUUUCUCUCCGCUGUUGUGGCCUUUGUCUCAAGCUGAACGCCCUGCAGGUUCGUGUCGCUUCAGCAGGACUGUUUCUUGGUCGACGCAGGGCGGUGGUUCGCAUCUUCAGCGCAGCCGCCUCCACCAUCCCAGCACUCGUCCACGCAAUUGUAACGAGACAGGGAAGAGUCUGCGGAGUUUUGUGCGAGAGACGUGACGGCGUUUUUUCGCUCGAGACAUCCGAGGGUGUCGGGACCGGCUCCGCACACUCUGCGGCUCUGUAAAACACGGGGAGAAAAACCUUUUCACCACUCGUUUUCAGGCGUACACUUCUCUUUCUGUUCACCAUGGGGAAGCGGAAGGCGAAGGCCAUGCAGCCGAAGAAAAACAAGCUGCCUAAACUUGACAAAGAGUUUGACUGCCCGUUCUGCAGCCAUCCGCGAGCGGUCGCCGUGAAAAUGGACCGCGGGCGGAAUAUCGGCACUUUAGGUUGCCGGAUUUGUGGGACUUCGUACGAGAAGCGAAUCAAUCGACUCGACGAACCGAUCGACAUUUACGGAGCGUGGAUCGAUGCAUGUGUGACGGCGAACACGCAGGCGGCUGAGCAGGCACAGAAGAAAAUGGGGUCGACCCUAGAGGGGGAAGAAAGUGUGUUGGAGAGCGGCGUUCCUGUGCCGUCUAGGAAGCCACGCGCUUCGAGAGAGGAGAGACCCGGCGUCGACAGUGGAGACGACCUGGAGUUCAGACGGAGUCCAGAAGCCUCCGCUGACGAAGAAGGCGAGGCAAGUGAAGAGGACGUUCCGCGAAACUCCGAGGAAAAACGCACUGGAGGUGCUCGGCUGAAGCGCCUGCGAAAAAGAGAAGAAAGCAGCGAGGACGAGGGGAGCGACCAUGUCAGUGGCAGGGACACUGACAAUGCUGGUCAGGAAGACGCCUUGCGGGUUCUGAAGACUCUGCGGGAGCAACAGAGAAAUGAAGAAGACGCUGGAAGUGGUCGCGAUGAAGCUCUUUUUGAAGAUGACGAGUGACGAUGCGUCUGAGCACUGUGUGUCUUACAAACGCCACGCUAUCAAGUUCCUCUUUCGUUUGUUCAGGCUGAUGGAACAAGUUAAAAUGUGCGCGGAAAAGUCUGCCUCCUGCACAUACGGAACGAAGUACUAUCUUGGAUGCAUAGAUCGACAGCCAGCGCCAGCCCGUGUGCGUCGGCGCGUGGUACACACUGUUUUUGAGAGCGAGGCGAGAAAGGGUGACACAAGUCUCUACGGGGUAGAAAAACGGGAAGCACGCAGUGAUUUCGUGGCUUCUGUCCAAACGGAGUACCACGCAGAGCGACUUUUGGAUAUGUCUCGUACAUCUGCACAUCGUUCCAACACUCGCUGAGAAACUACCUCUUGUCGGAAGCGUCUCCACACAGCUACCCUUACCUCAGCUUUUACCAUCGAUAACGGUAACGAACAGCGGAAUCUGCGAGUUUGAGUUAAACCACGCUGUCUCGUGCGUGAGGGCAGGUGUAAUGUCGGGAUGAAAGUCUUGAGUCGCGGACAAAACCACAGACACACGACAAAAAGUCGAAAGCUGCUCUGACACGGAAUGUUCAAAUCAACUAGACUCAGGUGGAAAACGGCUUCAGACAAGACGCUUUGACUAUGGAGUCACGGAGGGUUAUGUUGGUGGGGAAAACAAUUUCUGAAACUCUCUGGCGACCAAGAAGCCUCACGAUUCAACACAGUUCGGCCAGCAUCGACUUUUUCGUAGGCAAUGGUCUUCUCGAGGCAAAGUCCGGAGGACGCGCUUCAGGUACUGGGGAUGUCAACGGGGAAACAAACUGUCACACUUCGGCGCCGAAAUUGUUUUGACUACGGCAGUAGUGUCUUGAAACACCUUGUGAAGCUGCUGUUUCUGCUCCGCGUGAGCAGCCGCUGCUUUCCUUUCCGGGAGAAACGGC